AUGAUUGUAUUGAAAUUAAAAGUUGAUAGGGUAAUAGUGGAGCUUAAUAACCGAAACGUAAAAGUACUCGAGUUAAAAAGAAGAAAUGACAUUUGUGUCACUUCUGUCAAAGUUGUAUAAAUUUGAGGUUAUUUACUUCAAAACAAAAUCGUAGGGGCAUUUUUAUAAAUGUUUGUACUUUAUAUAGCGCAAUGGAGAAUAAUAAAGGAUGCAACUAUAUUUGUAGAGCUUGUUUAAGCAUUGUUCAAAUUAACACGCACAGUUUUGGAUACGUCGAGGACGCGACUGGAAAUUUACGCGAUAUGUUGUUAACUUGUAUUCCAGAAAUGGAUAUUUACAUUUCACCUAACCCUAUAGUUUGCAUUAAAUGCAUCCAAGAAUUAAUCCAGGUGUACCAUUUUAAGUCGAAAUGCUUGAACACCGAAUCCAUUAUACGUAAUUUCGCCAAGAAGCAUAACCUUUCGGACGAGAAUCCCAUUAGCCUCAAUGACGUCGUUGAAGAAUUGAACAAUCUAAGGAAACGAGCAUCGGAAAACGUUGUUAAAACCGAACCCGCGGAAAAUUCGAAUCCCCCGAAGCAAACCAAAGCGGAGGCAUCGAAAUGCGAAGUCCCUCCGCCACUGGCGUUCUUUGACAGAAAUAACGGCAACGCCGCUAUUUCGAAUUGCCCUCGGAUUCAACCUAUUAAGUUGCUAGCCGAGCGUUUCAAAUCACCCUCAGUAGAAAAUACAGGAAAAUUAGGCCCGCCGCCUCCUAUGAUUCUAAUGUCCACUUUAUUAAGGCCUCAGAAUUCCGACGGACCCAACCAAAUCCUUCUAACUUUCCAACCUAAUCAAACACCAUUACAACCUGUAGAUACCUCGAUGAACGAUGAAAUAAACGAUGAUAAUAAUACAACCGAAGAAAGCUGUAACACAAGUAAUAAUACCGCAAUCAUUAAUAGUGAUAACAUAAACUGCCAUCCGAUUGAAAAGAACCGCAGGUUGUAUAUCGAAUUAACCAGAUGCGAUGAUUUACCUUAUAAUAAAUUUAAUAACGAACCUACAUCGGACAAUACAAACGGUUCCAACUCUAUCGAUACAGAAGAAUUACACGUAUUCAACAGAACCGACGACACCACCGAAAACGAUUCCACCAAAAUCUUCAACUGCUCGUGCAUGUACCUCACCACAUCGGAAACCCUCUUCACGGAGCACAAGAGCAAAUGCAGGCACAACAAACUCCACUUGCGCUGCCCCCAUUGCCCCCACAUAACCAACAAAAGCUACGCCUUGAGCAAGCACAUCAACACGAUGCACACCAAAGCGAUUUGGUACCACUGCGAAACCUGCUCGUACCGCAGCACCGACAAGUCCUCGCUGCGCCGGCACGUGCGAAAGAACCACGAAGCGCACCCGGACAAGGAGCGGGACAACCUGUACCAAUGCGGCAUCUGCGCCGCCAUCAUCGCCAGCAAGCCGAACUUCAACAGGCACAUGGUGAAGCACGAGGAGACCGCCCUGAGCUACGACUGCGAGUUUUGCUCGUACAACACGAAGGAUCGCAGCAAUUUCAGGAAGCACGUGUUCACCCAUUCGCCGGUGGCGUUGCAAUGUCCGAGUUGCCCCUACAGCAACGUGUCGCCCUACCAGUUGAGGACCCACAUUAAGAAGUUCCACGACGGGGCGGGCCUGGAGGCGGCGGAUUGCCGGAGCGAGAUACCCAUCGCUGAAAUCGUGAGGGGGUUCAAGGAGAUGCUUAAUGACGCUGGAUACGUCGAUUGA